CCCGGAAGUACAUCUGUGCACAUGCUGCGUUUGACAACAACCACCUUGAAACAACAAACCAACAAAUAUUGAUGAUUGAUGGUGUGAAACAAGCAUCAAACCCCUCCAAACAUGCCCGUGACCAGGUUACUGUACCCGCUGUAUCAGCUGGGGAACCCACAGCUGAGGAUCUUCAGACCAAACUGGUUUUUGACGCUUGUGAGACCAGGAAAAGAGCAGCCUCCUGAUACCGUCCAGUUCCGUGUUCCAAUGGAGAUGACCAAAUAUGACGUGAAGAAUUACCUGGAGAAGAUCUAUAGUGUUCCUGUGGGCGUAGUCCGGACCAGGAUUCAGUAUGGCUCCAAUAAGAAGAGGAAUCACCUGAACCAGAGAGUGAAGCAGCCAGACUACAAAGUGGCCUAUGUGCAGCUGGCACAGGGCCAGACGUUUACUUUUCCGGACCUGUUCCCCGACAAGGAGAAGAAGGCUGCGGAGGGCUCGGUGGAGGAGAUGCAGGAGAAGUUCAUGGAGGACGAGCAGCAAAGGCAGAGACUUGACCCCCGAAGAGGAGGGGUCACUGAGUGGUUUGGACUCUGAUACAAACCCACUAACCCAGGAAGCGAAUCUGAGCCCGCUUCUCUGUCCAAGCGUGGGCGUCCGGCUGGCAGCAAAAAAUAUUGAUUUACAACGGGCAGCGCUGAUGUCACUUUUCUAUUUCUGUAUGAAUCGUGCGUAGCGAAAGGAAGAAUGAGCAUACAAUGUGUAGGAGGGAGCGCACACGGACAUCGCUGAUCUAACCGGGCCUCGUAAUCACAGAAGGGAGAGACUGUCCCGCUGCCAUUUUAAUAAAUCAAUCCACCACACAGUCCUUGUCUCCUUGAAUGACCUGCUUUUAUUGUAUCCCUGAUUUUAUUCUUUGCAUUGUCCCCUCCAUGUGUCCUUUUUGAUAUAUCAUUGCCGCUUCACUGUAUUGUAUUCACAUUUUGGAAUCAGAUGUAAAAGAAAUACUGUGUUUGACAGCUUGUGCAUGGUCAAUUAGCGUUAGGCUUUCACAUGAACUCAACAUUUCUCAGUGCGUCUUACUCCUCCACCUCUCCUCUCCUCCCCCUCCUCUGGUUUUGUCACUGCCCUGCCACCCAGAAAUGUAACACGGUAUUCGCUGUAGCCUGGACUUUCAACUAGCCGAGUUAUUUCCUCUUUAAAAGGGCCUAUAUUACAGAAAAUUGACUCCUGAUGUACCUGGAGAGAAGCACUAGGCCUAAAUAUGCAGGGAAAUCUGUGUAUCAUUUGUUCAUUUGUUUUUCAAAAUAAAAGCGAAAAUAAGAAAAUUUAAAAAACAACUAUUUUCUUCAUUGUUUGUCUCCAAGACUAAAAUGAAAAAAACAGAUAACGAUUUGUUUUUUCAGUUUUUGAUUUUAUGUUUAAAUAAAUAAUGGAAAAAAUGGAUAACGGCCGUUUCUCAUUUCUGUGACUUAAACUGUGAUGCUGUAUUGAUCCAGGACUAAACCAGGACUGAACCAGGACUAAACCGGUCUCUGUCCUGGUGUCAGUCCCGGUCUCAGCCCAGUCUCAGCCCAGUCUCAGUCCUGGUCUGUUCCCAGUCGUAGUCUCCGUCUCAGUCCCUGUAUGGUCGUGGUCUCAGUCUUGGUCUCAGUCCUGGUCCUGGUCCUAGUCUUGGUCUGGUCCCAGUUUCAGUCCUGGUUUCAGUCCUGGUCACAGUCCUGGUCCUAGUCCUGGUCUGGUCCCAGUCUCAGUCCUGGUUUCAGUCCUGGUUUCAGUCCUGGUUUCAGUCCUGGUCUCAGUCCUGGUCUCAGUCCUAGUCACAGUCCUGUCUCAGUCCCAGUCUCAGUCCUGGUCUGUUCUCAGUCGUAGUCUCCAUCUCAGUCCCUGUAUGGUCCUGGUCUCAGUCUUGGUCUCAGUCCUGGUCCUAGUCCUGGUCUCAGUCCCAGUCUCAGCCCAGUCUCAGUCUUGGUCUCAGUCCUGGGCCUAGUCCUAGUCCUGGUCUGGUCCCAGUCUCAGUCCUGGUUUCAGUCCUGGUCCUAGUCUUGGUCUGGUCCCGGUCUCAGUCCUGGGAUCAGUCCUGGGAUCAGUCCUGGGUUCAGUCCUGGGUUCAGUCCUGGUUUAGUCCUGGUUUAGUCCUGGUUUAGACCUGGUUUAGUCCUGGUUCAGUCCGUAUAGGGUGCAGCAUAAGUCCAGCAUCGCAGUGUGUCACGAAAAUGAGAAACAGUAUUCAUUUAAACACAAAAUCGAAAACUGAAAACACGAAUCAUUAUCUGUUUUUUCAAUUUGGUUUUGAAGGCAAAUGAAAUGAAAUGUGAAUGAAACAAAACAGAACUCCAGGUAUGUUUCUGAUGAGGAAACAACAUCCGAAAAAUACGUAAUUUGGACUCUUUAAGUAAUUCGUUUCGGAUCAGUUACAGUAGAAGAGAUGAGAGGUUUUGUCAGCAGAUCAAUGUUGUGACAGUGUAUUAUUAUUUAACAGCUGCUGGAACCAAAAGCCUAUCUUAUUCCCUGUUUUCUUAAGUUAAAAGUUGUUGAAAUAAAAACUAUUAAAGCUUCAAUUGUCCAAACUGUA